CCUCAGCGCUCACGACCACCACAUCGAAACAGCAUGGCGACCAAGAUCCCCCAGUUCGAGCACUCGUCCAUGGACAGCGUGGCGCCGACGUGCGCCACGGUCCGCAAGUCGUUCCUCGCGCACAAGACGCGCCCGCUCGAGUACCGCAUCCAGCAGCUGCGCAAGCUGUACUGGGGCUUCAAGGACAAUGCCGCGCUCAUCGAGGAGGCGUGCAUGAAGGACCUGGGCAAGUCGCAGUUCGAGACGUACCUGACCGAGAUCUCGUGGGUCAUGAAUGACUGCAUCUGGAUGGCCAACAACGUCGAGCGCUUCGCCAAGGACGAGAAGCCCGCCGACAUUGCCUUCACCAACAAGUUCAUGGGGCCGCGCAUCCGCAAGGAGCCGCUUGGCGCUGUUCUUAUUAUCGGCGCAUACAACUUCCCCAUCCAGCUGACCAUUGGGCCGCUCAUUGGCGCCAUUGCCGCGGGCUGCACCGCCAUCAUCAAGCCGUCCGAGGCCGCCCCGUACGCCGCGAGCGUGAUGCAGAAGAUCCUCGCCGAGUCGCUGGACCCCGAAUGCUACACGUGCGUCCAGGGCGCCGUCCCCGAGACGACGGCGCUGCUGGACCAGAAGUGGGACAAGAUCUUUUACACGGGGUCUGAGAACGUUGCAAAGAUCAUUGCGAAGAAGGCCGCCGAGACGCUCACACCACUGACGCUCGAGCUGGGCGGCCGCAACCCUGCCAUCAUCACCAAGCACGCCGACCCCAAGCUGGCUGCGAAGCGUCUGUUAUGGGCCAAGACACUCAACGCCGGCCAGGUCUGCGUCAGCCAGAACUGCACCUUCAUCGACCGCGAGCUGGUCCCGGCCUUCAUCCGCGAGAUGCAGAACGCGCUGAACGAGUUCUACCCCAACGGCGUGCGCAACUCGCCCGACUACGGCCGCAUCGUCAACCAGCGCCAGUUCCAGCGCAUCAAGAAGAUGCUCGACUCCACCAACGGCAAGAUCGUCAUCGGCGGCACCAUGGACGAGGCCGACCUCUUCAUCGAGCCGACGGUCGUGCAGGUCGAGAGCAUGGACGACGCCCUGCUCCGCGACGAGAGCUUCGGCCCGCUGCUCCCCAUCCUGCCCGUCACCGACCUCGACGAAGCCAUCAAAAUCGCCAACGAGGUCCACGACACGCCCCUCGGCACCUACGCCUUCGGCACCAAGGCCGAGAUGCAGAAGAUCCUCGACUCAACCCGCUCCGGCGGCGCCUCGCUCAACGACGGCUUCUUCCACGCCUCGAUCCCGACGCUGGCGUUCGGCGGCGUGGGCUCCUCGGGCACCGGCGCGUACCGCGGCAAAGCGUCCUUCGACGCCUUCACGCACCGCCGCAGCAUCACGACCACGCCCGCGUGGAUCGAGAGCAUGAUGGACGUGCGCUACCCGCCGUACACGUCGGCCAAGCUGAAGAAGUUCUCCGGCAUGAACGAGCUCAAGCCCAACUUCGACCGCGAGGGCCGCAGCAUCGGCUGGGCCGGGUGGCUGCUCGGGCUCGUCGGGCUCAAGGGGCUGGCCGUGCUGAUUGCCGCGUUUGGCAUCCGGGCGUACCUGCAGCGCCGCGCGAAGUUGUAGCCGGGGUGGCGUACUAGAUACCAGUUUGAUAGCGCAGUUUUAUCCAGCUUUUUUGUUGCAA